AUGCCGGCCCCCUGUCUCUUUGCUCCAGACAUGACCGAGCAGCUGUCCUUGUGGCAUCACUACCUGCUGGCCAUCCAGUCACGGGAGUCACCCCGUGUCCAGGACUACCAGAGAGCGGAGAACAUUCUGCUCACCGUGCUGGAGCGUGCCCACACCUUGGACCCUCGUUUCCUUGUUGACUAUUCCCGAGACCUCGAAGCCUUCCAGUUUGCCCUGCGCUCCUCCGAGGAUCCUCUGGACGUGGAGGUGCCUCUGGGGGUGGAUGCUGAGGCUCUCCUGGUUGAGGAGUCAGAAGCCACUGAGCCAGGAGAUGGCCCUGCACUCUGUCGCCUGGGUGUCCUCAAGGAAACAUCUGGCCUGAAGCCAUGGAUGACUGAUGACGUCUUCAGUGUCUCCUCAGAGGGCAGAGACAAGUGCUGUAGUGGCCACAUUGUACCCAGUAAAGUCCUGUGUGUCCUUAAAGAUCUUCUGGUGGCUGCUAUUGUUCACUGCAAGCACCACAGCCUCAUUCCACCAGGUUCACUGAAUGCUGCUAGCCUGAAGGAAGGGCAGCUGCACCUGUCCCUGCUGGUGUCCAGUGGCUGGAGGAAGAUCUGCUUCAACGUUGUGCCUGUGGUGAGGAAGAAGCACAGGGUGCCUGCCUUGGAGGGGGCCCAACUGAAGCCUGGUUUCCCUGAGGGCAUCUUGAGAAGAAUCGCCAGCCACGGGGUGGACCUGGUGCCAGCUAAUGCCCAGCACUGGAGGUACCGCCUGCUGGUGGUGCUGCUCUGCUGCCUGGCCACCAGCCACCUGCCCCACUUCCUGUACCCGGAGCACAACUUGCUGCAAGACAGUGGCCUGGACCUCGGCGUCAUCUACCAACGUGUGGAACACUUCGCCAGCCAGCCUGAAGAGUCCUUACGAAUCCAUGUCACCCACCUGGGCCACAGCCGUCCACCACGCAUUGACAAUGGAGUCAAGGCACUCCUGCAGCUACCCGCCAGUGACCCUACCUACUGGACCACUGCCUACUUUGAUUUUCUGCUAGAUAAGUUCCAGGUCUUUAACAUCCAGGAUAAGGACAGAAUCUCAGCCAUGCAGAACAUCUUCCAGAAGACCAAGACCAUGGGAAGUGACAGCAGCUGA